AUGGCUGUUAACGUGGGACAAAUUUCGAACCCCUCAAUAUUCAUAAAGCCUUCAAAACAGCUUCACAAAUACAUUCAAAAUGUAAAAGUUUCAGAUGAUAUGCCCUGGGGCAUAAAACAAUUCGUGUUCAAAAACAAAAUUGAAAGUGAACCCAGAAAACCCGAGAACAUCAAACAUUUCAUCAGUGAGAGGGAUCUGGAUUUUAUCGAGACCCUCGAGCUGAACUCCAGAAUUGAAAAUGUAGAUUUAAAACCCCCACCGAAAAAGCCGCAAACCGAAUCUAAAGAUAAGUUGUUAACGCUGCAGGAUUUGUAUUGGCUUUAUGACUACAUAAAGGAACUUGAUGAACAAAAAGUUUACCUUCACGAGUUGUUCGAAGGUUCGGAAAUUGUGCUGCCGAAGAAUGUUGAGGUACCGAGGAGCGCAGAGCUGGAGAAGCGUUGCCAGAAACUGAAGGCUGAGCAGCAGAACCGUGAAUACAACAUGAUGACCAAGAAUGUGGAUAACAAAAGGAGGCAACAUCCUGAGGACACGAUUUCAUACCAAUUGAAACAGAUGAACAAACAUUUGAUAGCGAUAGCUCAAUUUAUCUUCUCGGUUUUGGCCGGUUUCGCAUUUGGUUUUUUUGGUGUGGAGUUCCUGAUUGGAAAUCUAGAUUUUGGAUUCCGUCUGCUGUUGGGAAUUAUGAGUGCACUUACAAUUGCCUUAGCUGAAUUGUAUUUCCUGGCGAAAAAACUGAACGAGGAUCUGCAAUGGGAGGAGAGUACAAAGACCAAAGGAUUUAAAGUCGAUUGAUAUAUUUUAUUUUGUUAUGUUUAUAAUUUUUGCUUAAGUCAUAUAAUUAUAUCUUGAUAUUAAAUA